UUGCUUGUGGCUUAAGCGAGUACGCCAAAAAUCGAGAAUCUGGGUAUUUUCAAGACACGCGUUUUUUUCAUGACGUGUUCCACGGAUUCAGCCAUAAAUGCUCUCAAGCCUACAACAGUAGCAGGUUAAGUGGAAUGAACUCACCGAACACAAGUAUCUGUGAACAAUUUAACAGCUUUCUGCAAAGAAUUAAAGCCUCGGCAAAAUUAAUGGGACAAGCGCAUUUUACGUUUUACGUUCAAUUCUUCAUACACCAGUGGAACAUUAAAGUUUUUAAUAGUAGCCGGACUAGAAUGAAGAUUGGUUACUACGGUGCGUUUGAGUAGACACUGACUAAGAAGAUUGUGCAAAACGAUAUAAAGUAACAUUAUCAGGUUACAAAAGUGCCAAGCCUAAAAUCUAUUAUUAAAUAUGGAAAAAAGAAAAAUGAAUGUGAGUGAAAGCACCCCUGAUGGACUUCAAGAAUUGUCACAACAAGAUCUCAUAUCAAAAUGCGAAGAACUGUUAAAAUCCAAUCAGGAACUGAAAAAAAGACUGGCAAAUUGUCAACAAAAUCAGAAAUCUGAAUCUAAAACAAAAAGAAAAGAACACAAGCAAAGACCUAUAGAUUUUAGCAAAUACAGCAAACGCCAUAUCGCUUUCAAAUUUCUGUACCUUGGUUGGGAUUAUCAAGGAUUUGCAGCCCAGGAAAAUACCAGCAACACAAUCGAGGAGGAACUCUUUGCUGCUUUUUUAAAAUCAAAAUUAAUCAAAGAUAGAGCAUCUGCAAGAUAUUCAAGGUGUGGUCGAACGGAUAAAGGUGUCAGUGCAUUUGGACAGGUUAUUGCUCUUGAUGUAAGGUCAAAUUUGUCAUCGGGUGUUGGUGUUACACCGAGUGUAAAAGUCACCAAUGAUUCAAAAGAAGAAUUACCAUAUGUGAAAAUGCUAAAUAGACUACUUCCACCUGAAAUUCGCAUAUUGGCACACGCAGCUGUUGACAACGAAUUUGAUGCUCGAUUCAGCUGUAAAACUAGAAAAUAUAGAUACUACUUUCCAGCGUUAAAUCUUGAUGUGGAGUUGAUGCAGAAAGCAGCCCAAAAACUUGUUGGAGAAAAGGACUUCAGAAAUUUUUGCAAGGUUGAUGUUGGAAAUAACAUUAAUCAUUUUAUACGAAAUAUCGUCUCCUUUGACGUAACGAGGAUUGGGCAGAGUUCUCUAUGUAUGAUGGAGAUAACUGGUCUUGCUUUCUUGUGGCAUCAAGUGCGUUGUAUGGCAGCUGUGCUCAUUCUGAUUGGAUUGGGCCACGAAAAACCCGAGAUUCUAGAUUAUUUGCUCGAUGUUGAAAAAUGUCCGAAGCGUCCACAAUAUGGCAUGGCAUCAGAUGUUCCGCUUGUUUUGUUCGACUGCACGUAUGAUGAUAACGUCAAAUGGAUUUAUGAACAAGAUUGCAAUGAAAAUAACAUGACUCACCUACAGCAAGUAUGGAUACAGAAAGCUGUACAAUCGACGAUGAUAGGCGCGAUGAUGGACGAUUUGCAAUCUCAUUCGACUGUAUCUUCAAAUAAUUCAGCGUCUCAACUUUCUUCUAUCUUACCUGGUUAUAGAAAAGUGGAGUAUAAACCUUUAAAUAAAAGAGCUGUUUGUGGGUUGGAUCGUCAUAUGGAAAAACUUGCAGCCAAGCGGUUAAAGUUGGAAGAAAAAAGUCGUGGGGAACAAAAUACAGAUAUUUUAGAAUAGUUUAGAAAUUUUAUUGUUUAAAAAAAAACUGAAUAUUUUGUAACAAA